AUGGUUAAAUCUAAAUCAAGGAAUAGUAAGGCUCAAGUGAAUAUUAAUGAAAUUCUUCGAAUUGGUUCAGUAAUGGAACGUACCAAUAUUCGGCAACAAUGUAGGGAAGCAUUCGAUUGGUUGGCAGAAAAUCGUGAUCAAAUGGAAAAUAAUCCAAAAAAAUUUGCAAAUUAUUUAAUGACCGCCGUUGGAGAAUUGGUGAUGAGCAGGGAAUUAAUUAAAAAGGUCAUGGAAAAAUUGAUAAAAGACGGAAUUGUCACAUCGAAUGAGUAUGAUAAAAAUUUUCGACGUUUUGAAAGUUUUUCCGAUGAACAAUUACCAACAGUGGCACUUAUUUCUUAUAUGCUCAAAGAAAAUUGUGCAUAUUUUCAAGGUGAAAUAUGA